CGGUCCCGGGCCCCGGAGCGCGGCGAUGGCGGCGGCGGCGGCGGCGGCGGCGGCAGCGGGGGGGGGAGGAGGAGGAGGCGGCGGCGGCGGCGACCCCGGGGGCCGCAUCCAGCUGCUGCUGGCGGCCGCCGAGUUCCUGGAGCGGCGGGAGCUCGGGAACGGCUCUGCCCCGGCGGCUUCCUCCGGCGGUGCCGGUGGGUCCCGGGAGGAGGCUCCGGUGUUAGCGGCGGCUCCUUGCCGGGGUGGCCCCGCCGAGGCCGAGCACGGGUACGCCUCGGUGCUGCCCGGCGGAGAGCGGAGAGGGGCCAGGAGGAGGGCGAAGGGCAGGAAGAGCGGAGGGGGAAGCAGGUCGACGCACAACGAGAUGGAGAAGAACAGGCGAGCCCAUCUGCGGUUGUGCUUGGAGAAGCUGAAGGUGCUGGUGCCGCUCGGGCCCGAAACCAGCAAACACACGACCCUGAGUUUACUAAUGAGAGCGAGAUUGCACAUAAAGAAGCUUGAAGACAACGACAGGAAAGCCCUCCACCAAAUCGACCAGCUGCAGCGGGAGCAGCGGCACCUGAGGAGGCAGCUGGAGAAGAUGGGCGUGGAGAGGCUACGGAUGGACAGCAUCGGAUCCACCGUGUCCUCGGAGCGCUCGGACUCGGACAGAGAAGAGAUAGACGUGGACGUGGAGAGCACGGACUCGCUGCCCGCAGACCUCGACUGGAGCAGCAGCAGCAGCCCGAGCGACUCGGACGAAAGAGGGAGCCUGCAGAGCGUGUGCAGCGACGAGGGCUACUCCAGCUCCGGCGUGAAGAGAUUGAAGUCGCAGAGCAAUCAGAAGCCGUGCCCCGCUCUCUAAGGAGCGACUCCCGGAGCUGUUCCGCCCGCCGCUCUCUCCCUGUUGGAUCUCGUUAGGUAGGACACCGGACCCGCACUUCUCCUCGCACGUAAAUCUUGCACCACCGACAGAAAUGAAGCCCGCUUUGCCGAAGUCCCGAAACGGUGCGUGGGGAGCACGCUGCCCUCCGCAGCACGCGUCCCAUUGCAUCCGCUCGCUUCUCUUCCCGUCGGGAAACUCAUCUCGGUGAGACCGCACAUUCCAGCCAGACCUCGACGCGCCCGAGAAUAUCGCAGCGGUAACAGCAACGCCAGGAGACCUCGGCUGUUCUUCGUCUUGCUGUUACCGCCCGGUAUUCUGGAUCUGCGUGGUGUGUUUGCCCAGCAAUGCCACGUUCCUAAUGAUCAGCAGCAGGGCCCAAACGUGCGUUGUUGGGCAACGAGCCGAAGGGAAACCCAAAGGGAAACCCAGCCUUAGGUAGCUUGGAUCCAGGAGAGGGCAGAGGCAGGUCUGCAAGAGGAGAGUUUCGGCUGCGAGCUGCUGGAGCGUUACUCAGAGGGCUUCGGGUAGGACCCCUUCAGCUUUGACACGUCUCAGAAAUUCCUGUAGUCCCUAAAACCAAAUGGUACGAUCCUCGUCCUGUGCAAUGUCUGACCUCACGCGCUACGGCCGCGUAUUUUACUGUUCUAGGCGAGCGUUCCUAGGACGUCCUUCAUGCGUCUUGUCUCGGGGAUAAUUUUUUCUACCUCGGAGAGAUGAACAAAGAUUAUCUCCAUCCCUUUAGCACAAAAAAAAAUAAGAUGAUGCCUCAGUUGUUUUCUAGAAGCGACGCUUGGCCCCGCUCACACCCCUCUCGUGGAAGCUUAGCAAUAACUGGCGGCCGAGUGCUCGCCUUUCCCAGGACGCGGCUCCUGGCGAGUCCCCACGGGGUGCCGCUGGCGUUAAAGCACUUGGCUGGCCGGUGGGGUUGUUUUUAGGCACUCAAAGAGGCUUCCCAAGGUUUUUGGAGCUUCCCAAAGCUUUUGGUUGCCGCCUCAGAGAGGUAAAACCAAACACGAAGGGAAAGGACAACCCCCUGCCUCGCAAGCCGUGGUUUCCGACCCUGCAAACACGCUUGGGUCAAAGCUAACCGGAGCACACGUAAAUGUACAUAGACCACGCGAGCUAUAAAUAGUAUUUAUUCCUUUUCUUUGAAACUGGUGUAACAGAGAUACAUUCUGAUGACUUUUAUAGAUGUUCUGGAAUCUUUGUAGAGGUCCGCUAACGGAGAGAGAGAGAUUUCUUUUCUUUUUUGGCUCGAAACGUUUGAAGCUGUUUCUAUUCCGCCCACCCAGCAAACCUCUGGCGACGAACACCGAGCGCUCGGUGCAGCACGCCGACCUCCUGGCCCCGCGUUCGGCCACGAGCAGCUUUGUGGCUUUGCUCUCCAAGGGCUCCGGAGCUCCUCCAGGCACCAAAACCCAGCCUGCCGUCGUUAAACACUCCCGUGAGACACGCAGUUCCUGAGACUUUGCUCGUCAAGCUGCCAAAAGCCACUAAAACACUCAAAGUGCAAAUGAAUGAACUAGAAGUCGUCUAUUUUUAUUUUAUUUUUUAAUCCCUAAGCUAUUUUUGGAUCAUUUGAACUCUUUGAGAAGCAAGAGGAUGGGAGACGGGGCUAGUGGAUCGCUAAAAUCUCCGAAGUCUGUGCUCUACUUGUGCGUGCUAGGUUUUGAAAAAGAAAAAAGAGCACGAGCAAUGUUCCUGGAGCAGCUGGAGCUGUCUGACGCCCAGCAGAUUUGCACUGAUCUACGCCUCGUGUAAGCCUUCUGCACUGGGAGAAGUCCGAGUCGUCCCGAGUCCGAGAGCGGGCUCGAAGCGGUCCACUUUAAAAAAGACAAAAAAAAAAACAUAAAAAGACAAAAAUAAGAGGACAAAAGCCACGAGGCAAGCUGAGAGGCUGCCCUUUGAGGUCUGCCGCCCCGCUGCACGACGGCUUGGGAUCUUUCCAGCUCUUUUUCCCUCCCCCAAAGCGUUGCAGGUGCUGCCUCGGUGCCUCCCAGCCCAGCGCUGCGGCUCCUGCUGCCUUCGGGACGGGAACCACAGCAUUGAGUCUUCGGGAAAGCACCGAGAGAGCAAAAUGCUGUUUCACGUUCAGUUAGGCGUACCGAGUCUUAAGGCUUUGACUCUGUAAAUUGGUGUGUGUGUGUUGUGCCUUUUUUGGGUUAACGGCGUUGUUUUGGUGAAAUGCUGUGUGUUUUGUUUCAUUUUCCUUUUUGUUUUUUUUUUUUCUCCCGCUAUAAAGCAGUAAUUAUUUGACCUUUGCACUCUUUGGACGUGCUCCUCUCCAGCUUGACGGCGCCGAAGAGCUCCACCCUUGGAAAACGAUGCACUAAAGUCAAACGGGUGCAAGGCGGAAACCCCGGGCUUUUUCCCCAAAACUCCCGGCGGGGUCCACGCCCGGUCGGCGUGCUCAGCGGCCCCGGUAGCGCCGCUCUCAGUUUUGCCAGCCUUUUUCCUCGAAUUCACACCAGCAUUACUAAGAAAUAAGCUGCAGCAAUUAGAUUUUUGUAGAUUAAAUAAA